AGACUAUUCUAUAUCUAUACCUCUGGUACAACAGGAAUGCCUAAGGCUGCUAUUGUGGUGCAUAGUAGGUGAGUGACACCUAGUGUGUUCUAGUGAGUGACACCUAGUGUUCUAGAAUGGUGUUAGUGUGUUCUAGUGUGUUCUAGAAUGGUGUUAGUGUGUUCUAGUGUGUUCUAGAAUGGUGUUAGUGUGUUCUAGUGUGUUCUAGAAUGGUGUUAGUGUGUUCUAGUGUGUUCUAGAAUGGUGUAAGUGUGUUCUAGUGUGUUCUAGAAUGGUGUUAGUGUGUUCUAGAGUGUUCUAGAAUGGUGUUAGUGUGUUCUAGAAAUGUGUGUAGUUUGUUCUAGAAUGGUUCUAGAUUGUUCUGUGUGUAUGUUAUCAGGUACUAUCGCAUCGCUGCCUUUGGGUUCCAUUCCUUCGGCCUGCGUCACGAUGACAUAAUCUACAACUGUUUGCCUCUCUACCACUCCGCUGGUAUGUACUCAUCAUGUGUGUGUGUCAUAGGAUCUUGGAGUAUUAUUACAACAUGCUCAUAGCAACAGAGAACAGCUAUAGAGUUACAGUAGCAAGCUCUUGCAUGUCAUCCUCUACCCCCCCCCCCCCAUCUCUAUCUGUCUCUGUCUCUGUGUGUGUGUGUGUGUGUGUGUGUGUGUGUGUGUGUGUGUGUGUGUGUGUGUGUGUGUGUGUGUGUGUGUGUGUGUGUGUGUGUGUGACCUCUCUCUAGGUAACAUUAUGGGUGUGGGACAGUGUCUGCUCCAUGGGUUAACUGUUGUAGUGAGGAGUAAAUUCUCUGCUAGCCGUUUCUGGGACGACUGUGUCAAGUACAACUGCACGGUGAGUUUAUCAGCCAAUCACACACAACAACAAUGGGAGGUCUGAGACCUUGAACCCAACUGAGGUGAAUGAGCCGUUCAGACAGGGUUUUGUUUAAUAGGUUGUUUUUCUGUUGUUGAUGUAACAUAAUUGUUUUGUUAAAGGUCCAAUUCAGCCAUUUUUCUCAAUAUCAAAUCAUUUCUGGGUAACAAUUUUCAAUUAAAAUGGUCAAAAAGGAACAAAAAUAGCUUCUUAGCAAAGGGAACUUUCUCAAGCAAGAACUUUGCUAGGACUGUCUGGGAGUGGUCUGAGUGGGGAGGGGAAAACUGAAAACGUGCUGUUAUUGGCAGAGAGGUUUGGAACUCUCUUUCUUAUUGGUCUAUUAACUAAUUUACCGCAUGGUGAUGUCACCAGGCAGGCCAAAACUCCAUCCCACUAAAACAAGCUGAUAUUUCAGCCAGUCUUUUCAAACAGCUCUUACACUAAAAGGGCAUUAUCACAAUUUCACAGUAUUAUUCCAACUUUAUAGUGUGGAAAUAUAAAACACAGGAAAAUCACGUUUUUGACUGCACUGGGCCUUUAAUACCAGUCAGUGGUUGGGGUCGUGUAUAGCACUUUGUGACAUCUGCUGAUGUAAAAAGGGCUUUAUCAAUACAUUUGAUUGAUUGAUUUAUAGUGGGGUGGCGGGAGAAUUACAAUAAUCUGUAUUCUUAAUUUUUGCAUCGGACAAUAUACAAAGUUUCUUGAAAGAUAAUUAGAAAAAUACAAUUUUAUUGAGUAAAUUUAUUUAUUGGUUAUCUUAAUUUUGAAAAGAGAGAACCUUCAAUUUAUUACAUUUUUAUUUGUAUAUAUAUAUAUAUAUAUAUAUAUAUAUAUAUAUAUAUAUAUGUAUGAGCGAGAGAUUUAAGGUUGUCAUUAGAUUUGGGGUUUGGGGUGAAAAAAAUGGGGUCCCCGCUGAAAAGGUUUGAAUACCACUGCUCCAAGUGUAUCCUUUUGCCACAAGAUGGUGGGGUUGUGCAAGAGAUUUGUGCCCACUUCAAUUCUACUUUGUGUGUGUAUGCAUAUAUACUGAGUGUACAAAACAUUAAGAACCCUUUCCAUGACAUAGAUUGACCAGGUGAAAGCUAUGAUCCCUUAUUGAUGUCACUUGUUAAAUCCACUUAGAUCAGUGUAGAUGAAGGGGAGGAGACAGGUUAAAGAAGGAUUUUUAAGCCUUGAGACAAUUGAGACAUGGAUUGUGUACGUGUGCCAUUCAGAGGGUGAAUUAGCAAGACAAAAGAUUGAAGUGCCUUUGAACGGGGUAUGGUAGUAGGUGCCAGGCGCACCGGUUUGUGUCAAGAACUGCAACGUUGCUGGGUUUUGCACGCUCAACAGUUUCCUGUGUGCAUCACGAAUGGUCCACCACCCAAAGGACAUCCAUCCAACUUGACACAACUAUGGGAAGCAUAGUCCAUGCCCCGACAAAUUGAGGCUAUUCUGAGGGCAAAAGGGGAGGGUGCGGGGCGACUCAAUAUUAGAUGUUCUUAAUGUUUGGUAUACUCAGUGUAUGUGUGUUUGUGUGUGUAUCAGUGGAGGCUGGUGGGAGGAGCUAUAGGAGGACGGGCUCAUUGUAAUGGCUGUAAUGAAUUAAAUGAACGGAGUCAAACAUGUUUGUGUUUGAUACCGUUCCAUUAAUUCCAUUCCAGCCGUUACAAUGACCCCGUCCUCCUAUAGCUCCUCCCACCAGGGUGUUUCUCUCCAUCUACAGGUGGUUCAGUAUAUAGGUGAGAUGUGCAGGUACCUGUUGGCCCAGCCAGAACGUCCCCCCCAGGUGUGUCACCGUGUGCGUGUUGCCGUGGGUAACGGGCUCCGCCCCGCCGUGUGGGAGGAGCGCUUCAGGAUUCACCAGGUGGCAGAGUUCUACGGCGCCACCGAGUGUAACUGUAGCAUCGCAAAUAUGGACGGAAAGGUGUGUGUGGGGGGGGGAGUGUGUGUGUGUGUUCUUAUGUUAUGUCAUGUCAUUAUUAUCUGUGAUGUAAAUGUAAUGGUGUGUUGUGUGUUUCGGCAUGUGGCCCUCUGUGCGUUCAUGGGUGUGUGUCCAUGACCGUCCAUCCAUGUGUGUGUGUCCGUCCGUGUGUGUGUGUGUGGGUGUGUGUGUGUGUGUGUGUCCGUCCGUGUGUGUGUGUGUGUGCCAGGUGGGUGCGUGUGGGUUCAACAGUCGCAUCCUGCCCAGUGUGUACCCCAUCAGACUGAUUCAGGUGAACGAGGGGACGGUGGAGCUAGUACGGGACAGACACGGGCUCUGUAUACCCUGUCAACCUGGUGAGAACACACACUAUCUAUCUAUCUAUCUGUCUGUCUGUCUGUCUGUCUGUCUGCAGUGCAUUCGGAAAGUAUUCAGACCCCUUGACUUUUUCCACAUUUUGUUACGUUACAGCCUUAUUCUAAAAUGGAUUCAAUCGUUUUUUCCCCUCAUCAAUCUACACACAAUACCCCAUAAUGGGUUUUUAUAAAUGUUUGCAAAUGUAUUACAAAUAAAAAACUGAAAUAGAACAUUUACAUAAGUAUUCAGACACUUUACUCAGUACUUUGUUGAAACACCUUUGGCAGCAAUUACAGCCUCGAGUCUUGGGUAUGACGCUACAAGCUUGGCACACUGUUACGCACGUUGACUGAUGACUCGUGGAACCAAGGCGCAGCGUGAUAAGCGUACAUCUUUAAUUAGUACUUAACACACGAACAAAACCAAAACAACAAACCAACGAUACGUGAAGUCCUGAGGUUACACACACCAAACCUUUACGGAUCAAGAUCCCACCAACUAACUGGUGCCAACAGGCUGCCUAAGUAUGGUCCCCAAUCAGAGACAACGAGCUACAGCUGUCUCUGAUUGGGAACCACCCUGGCCAACAUAGAUCAACACGAUCUAGAACAAAAACAUAGAAAACUAAACAAUGAAAAUCCACACCCUGGCUCAACAUUUAAGAGUCCCCAGAGCCAGGGCGUGACAGUACCCCCCCCCCCAAAGGCGCGGACUGCGACCGCGCUACACAAACACAAGAGGGUAGGGGCCGGGUGGGCAUUCCGCCUCGGAGGCGGAUCCGGCUCCGGGCAUGACCACCACCUUUUCUCCACCUCCCCGUUGCGCCCCUGGUCUGGUCUGGCCCCGCUGACUGGAGCUGGACUCGACGACGGUGGACCAAACCUUACCAGCUCCGGACUGGAGCCGCUGGCCGGAGCUGGACUGGACACCGGUGGAGCGGAUUGCUCUGACUCCGGAGUGGAGCAGCUGACCGGUGCCGGACCAGGCACCGGUGGAACAGGCACGGGCCAUGCCGGACUGGACACACGCACCACUGGCUUGGCGCGGGGAGCAGGAAUGGGCUGGACCGGGCUGACGACGCGCACCACUGGCUUGGUGCGGGGAGCAGGAACGGGCCGGACCGGGCUGACGACGCGCACCACUGGCUUGGUGCGGGGAGCAGGACCAGGCCGGACCGGGCUGGCGACGCGCACCACUGGCUUGGUGCGAGGGACAGGAACAGGCCGGGCUGGACUGGGAACAUGCACCACUGGCUUGGUGCGGGGAGCAGGAACAGGCCGGGCUGGACUGGGAACACGCACCACUGGCUUGGUGCGGGGAGCAGGAACGGGCCGGACCGGGCUGACGACGCGCACCACUGGCUUGGUGCGGGGAGCAGGACCAGGCUGGACCGGGCUGGCGACGCGCACCACUGGCUUGGUGCGAGGGGCAGGAACAGGCCGGACCGGGCUGGCGACGCGCACCACUGGCUUGGUGCGCGGGACAGGAACAGGCCGGGCUGGACUGGGAACACGCACCACUGGCUUGGUGCGGGAAGCAGGAACAGGCCGGGCUGGACUGGGAACACGCACCACUGGCUUGAUGCGGGGAACCGGAACGGGCCGGGCCGGACUGUGGAGGCGGACUGGAGGUCUGGAGCGGAGAGCUGACACAACCCGUCCUGGCUGAAUGCCUAUUUCCACACAAUAUGUGUGAGGCAUCAGCACAGGACGUACAGGGCUGUGCACUCGUACUGGCGCUACAGCACGUGGCACUGGCGCAGGAUAUACGGGACCGAGGAGGCGUACUGGAGGCCACGAGCGUUGAGCUGGCACACCCCGUCCUGGCUGCAUGCCCAUCUUAGCACGACACGUGCGUGGUGCUAGCACCGGACGUACAGGACUGUGCCGGAACACUCGCGGCACAGUACGUGGCUCCGCAUAACACGGAGCCUGCUCAGUCUCACGCUUCCUAGCCUGAGUACGGGGAGUUGGCUCUGCUCUAACUCUAGGCUCCGCCAACCACCCUUUUAGCCCCCCCAAAAAAAAAUAUUGGGGCUGUCUCUCGGGCUUCCUCCUCGGCCGGUACCCUCUGCGUUGCCGCUGCUCCUCUCUGUAGCGCGCCUCCACAGUCUCCUCCCAAGGACGGCGAUCCAUUCCGGCCUGAAUCUCUUCCCAAGUCCAGGAUCCCUUCCCGUCCAGGAUCUCCUCCCAAGUCCAGGCUGUCUGUUCCUGGACACGCUGCUUGGUCCUCUUAAGGUGGGAUCUUCUGUCACGCACGUUGACUGAUGACUCGUGGAACCAAGGCGCAGCGUGAUAAGCGUACAUCUUUAAUUAGUACUUAACACACGAACAAAACCAAAACAACAAACCAACGAUACGUGAAGUCCUGAGGUUACACACACCAAACCUUUACGGAUCAAGAUCCCACAAACUAACUGGUGCCAACAGGCUGCCUAAGUAUGGUCCCCAAUCAGAGACAACGAGCUACAGCUGUCUCUGAUUGGGAACCACCCUGGCCAACAUAGAUCAACACGAUCUAGAACAAAAACAUAGAAAACUAAACAAUGAAAAUCCACACCCUGGCUCAACAUUUAAGAGCCCCCAGAGCCAGGGCAUGACACACACCUGUAUUUGGGGAGUUUCUCCCAUUAUUUUCUGCAGAUCCUCAAGCUCUGUCAGGUUGGAUGGGGAGCGUUGCUGCACAGCUAUUUUCAGGUCUCUCCAGAGAUGUUCAAUCGGGUUCAAGUCCGGGAUCUGGCUGGGCCACUCAAGGACAUUGAGACUUUUCCCGAAGCCACUCCUGCGUUGUCUUGGCUGUGUGCUUAGGGUCAUUGUCCUGUUGGAAGGUGAACUGUCACCCCAGUCUGAGGUCCUCAGCGCUCUGGAGCAGGUUUUCAUCAAGGAUCUCUCUGUACUUUGCUCCAUUCAUCUUUCCCUCGAUAUUGACUUGUCUGCCACUGCAAAACAUCCCCGCAGCAUGAUGCUGCCACCACCAUGCUUCACCGUAGGGAUAGUGCCAGGUUUCCUCCAGACGUGACGCUUGGCAUUCAGGCCAAAGAGUUCCAUCUUGGUUUCAUCAGACCAGAGAAUCUUGUUUCUCAUGGUCUGAGAGUCUUUACGUGCCUUUUGGCAAACUCCAAGCGGGCUGUCAUGUGCCUUUUACUGAGGAGUGGCUUCCGUCGGGCCACUCUACCAUAAAGGCCUGAUUGGUGGAGUGCUGCAGAGAUGGUUGUCCUUCUGGAAGGUUCUCCCAUCUCCACAGAGGAACUUUAGAGCUCUGUGAGAGUGACCAUCGGGUUCUUGGUCACCUCCCUGACCAAGGCCCUUCUCCCCCGAUUGCUCAGUUUGGCCGGGAGGCCAGCUCUAUGAAGAAUCUUGGUGGUUCCAAACUUCUUCCAUUUAAGAAUGAUGGAGGCCAUUGUUCUUGGGGAACUUCAAUGCUGCAGAAUUUUUUUUGGUACCCUUCCCCAGAUCUGUGCCUCGACACAAUCCUGUCUUGGAGCACUACGGACAAUUCCUUCGACCUCAUGGCUUGGUUUUUUCUCUGACAUAUACUGUCAACUGUGGGACCUUAUAUAGACAGGUGUGUGCCUUUUCCAAAUCAUGUCCAAUCAAUUGAAUUUACCACAGUUGGAAACAUCUCAAGGAUGAUCAAUGGAAACAGGAUGCAUUUGAGCUCAAUUUCGAGUCUCAUAGCAAAAGCUCUGAAUACUUAUGUAAAUAAGGUAUUUCUGUUUUUCAUUUUUAAUAAAUUUGCAAAUAAUAUAUACAUUUUUUUAUGAGGACAUUUUAGAAUAAGGCUGUAAACAUAACAACAUUUUGAAAAAGGGAAGGGGACUGAAUACUUUCUGAAUGCUCUGUAUCUAACUCUAUACCCCCCCCAGGUGAACCAGGUCUCCUGGUUGGUUGUAUAAACCAGAAUGAUCCUUUGAGGAGGUUUGAUGGUUAUGCCGACCAGAGCGCCACCAAUUAGCUCACAACGUCUUCAGGAAGGGAGACAUGGCAUAUCUCUCAGGUAGAUACAUCUCCUCUUUAGAUACAUAGAGAUACAUCUCCUCUUUAGAUACACAGAGAUACAUCUCCUCUUUAGAUACACAGAGAUACAUCUCCUCUUUAGAGACAUAGAGAUACAUCUCCUCUUUAGAGACAUAGAGAUACAUCUCCUCUUUAGAGAUAUAGAGAUACAUCUCCACUUUAGAUACACAGAGAUACAUCUCCUCUUUAGAGACAUAGAGAUACAUCUCCUCUUUAGAGACACAGAGAUAUAUCUCCUCUUUAGAUACAUCGAGAUACAUCUCCUCUUUAGAUACACAGAGAUACAUCUCCUCCUUUCUCUUCUCCCCUCUCUCUUUUUUCUCUUUUUCUGUGUCACUCUCCAUCUCGUUCCCUCUUGCGGUCUCUCUCUCAAACUAACGCUCCAUCUCAAAGUGUAGAGUUGCAGGAGAUGAGCUUUAAAACUUCACAAUGUUCUCUCUGCCGCAUGGCAAAAUGUGUAGCAUUGUAGGAGAUGAGCAUUAAAACAGCAAAAUCUUCUCUCCACCAACAAGAGUGGUGUGAACAGUUUGGGGUUCAAUCUGAACCUUUGCCACCUAGGACAUUUGUAUGACCGGACCACUUGAGGACCCCUGUGUAAUAGAGACCAGUACUGGAGGUACUGUUGGAGGUUUCAGUGAGGAGGUAGACAAAUGGACCCAGUGCAUUGCCCGUGGUGAGGGCUUUUAAUGGGGAAAUCACAGUGCCAUGCUAUAUACACUGCUCAAAAAAAUAAAGGGAACACUUAAACAACACAAUGUAACUCCAAGUCAAUCACACUUCUGUGAAAUCAAUCUGUCCACUUAGGAAGCAACACUGAUUGACAAUACAUUUCACAUGCUGUUGUGCAAAUGGAAUAGACAACAGGUGGAAAUUAUAGGCAAUUAGCAAGACACCCCCAAUAAAGGACUGGUAUUGCAGGUGGUGACCACAGACCACUUCUCAGUUCCUAUGCUUCCUGGCUGAUGUUUUGGUCACUUUUGAAUGCUGGCGGUGCUUUCACUCUAGUGGUAGCAUGAGACGGAGUCUACAACCCACACAAGUGGCUCAGGUAGUGCAGCUCAUCCAGGAUGGCACAUCAAUGCGAGCUGUGGCAAGAAGGUUUGCGGUGUCUGUCAGCGUAGUGUCCAGAGCAUGGAGGCGCUACCAGGAGACAGGCCAGUACAUCAGGAGACGUGGACGAGGCCGUAGGAGGGCAACAACCCAGCAGCAGGACUGCUACCUCCGCCUUUGUGCAAGGAGGAGCAGGAGGAGCACUGCCAGAGCCCUGCAAAAUGACCUCCAGCAGGCCACAAAUGUGAAUGUGUCUGCUCAAACGGUCAGAAACAGACUCCAUGAGGGUGGUAUGAGGGCCCGACGUCCACAGGUGGGGGUUGUGCUUACAGCCCAACACCGUGCAGGACGUUUGGCAUUUGCCAGAGAACACCAAGAUUGGCAAAUUUGCCACUCUUCACAGAUGAAAGCAGGUUCACACUGAGCACAUGUGACAGACGUGACAGAGUCUGGAGACGCCGUGGAGAACGUUCUGCUGCCUGCAACAUCCUCCAGCAUGACCGGUUUGGCGGUGGGUCAGUCAUGGUGUGGGGUGGCAUUUCUUUGGGAGGGCGCACAGCCCUCCAUGUGCUCGCUAGAGGUAGCCUGACUGCCAUUAGGUACCGAGAUGAGAUCCUCAGACCCCUUGUGAGACCAUAUGCUGGUGCGGUUGGCCCUGGGUUCCUCCUAAUGCAAGACAAUGCUAGACCUCAUGUGGCUGGAGUGUGUCAGCAGUUCCUGCAAGAGGAAGGCAUUGAUGCUAUGGACUGGCCCGCCCGUUCCCCAGACCUUAAUCCAAUUGAGCACAUCUGGGACAUCAUGUCUCGCUCCAUCCACCAACGCCACGUUGCACCACAGACUGUCCAGGAGUUGGCGGAUGCUUUAGUCCAGGUCUGGGAGGAGAUCCCUCAGGAGACCAUCCGCCACCUCAUCAGGAGCAUGCCCAGGCGUUGUAGGGAGGUCAUACAGGCACGUGGAGGCCACACACACUACUGAGCCUAAUUUUGACUUGUUUUAAGGACAUUACAUCAAAGUUGGAUCAGCCUGUAGUGUGGUUUUCCACUUUAAUUUUGAGGGUGACUCCAAAUCCAGACCUCCAUGGGUUGAUACAUUUGAUUUCCAUUGAUAAUUUUUGUUUUUUUGAGCAGUGUACAAUAACAAACAUAAACCAUGACUGAACAGGAAAACUGGGGAUGAAUGAAUACAUCCAAUAAUUACUGAGCUCUCAAAUGAACCAGGCUUGAACCAUGCCUGUAGCAACCUGUCCCCCUGGGAAUGGCCAACAAUAACAUAACCCAACAACAGGAUAAAUCGUGCUUCAGACCACGGACCUCGUUUGACAAUUGGCACCCCCUAACGCAGCAGGAAGAAAUAAUUCACCUCUUCAAUAAAUGAGGAAGUAAACAGGGAAGUUUGUAACAUAUAUAUAUUCCAGUAGAAAUAGUGGUCAAUACGAUGUGCACUUUGGAAGGCAAACUGACGAAAAGACAUGAAUGGAAAGACUAAAUAACACACCACAGAAGGACAUUACAUCAUAGACACAUGACAUCAUAAACACAUGACAUCAUAAACACAUGACAUCAGAAACACAUGACAUCGUAGACACAUGACAUCAUAAACACAUGACAUCAUAAACACAUGACAUCAUAGACAUAUUCAAUAAACUGCCUUUUCAGAAAGCCAGAAAUCGUUUCGGUGUCUGGGGCUAUUAAACAGUAAGGUAUCAGACUGACACCAGCUCCAUGACACCCUCCUCUACAUCUUCACACAUAAUGUUGGUUUUCUGUACUGAAUUAAACCUCUCUAUCCCACCUUCACCUGUCCCCACAACAGGAGGUUGGUGGCACCUUAAUUGGGGAGGACGGGCUCAUGGUAAUGACUGGAGCAGAAUCAGUGGAAUGGUAUCAAAUACAUCAAACACAUGGUGUCAAGGUGUUUGAUGCCAUUCCAUUUGCUCCAUUCCAGCCAAUAUUAUGAGCCGUCCUCCCCUCAGCAGCCUCCACUGGUCCCCACACAUCUCUCUCCUCCCUCUCCCAUCCCUCCUCUCUCCCCUCCCUCUCUCCUCCCUCUCCCCUCUCUCUCUCCCUCUCUCCCCUCUCUCUCUCCCUUUCUCCCCUCUCUCCCCUCCCUCCUCUCUCCUCUCUCCUCUCUCUAGGUGAUGUGUUGAUGAUGGAUGAUCUGGGUUAUAUUUACUUCUGGGGCCGUAGUGGAGAGGGUUACACAUCUCACGUAUAAACACUCUUUCUGCCCCCCCACCUCUUCUCUUUCUCUGUCUCUCUCUCGCUCUCUCUCUCUCUCUCUCUCUCUCUCUCUCUCUCUCUCUCUCUCUCUCUCUCCCUCCCUCUAGGUGAUGUGUUGGUGAUGGAUGAUUUGGGGUACAUGUAUUUCCGGGACCGUAGUGGAGACACGUAUCGCUGGAGAGGAGAGAACGUCUCGACUACGGAGGUCGAGGCAACACUCAGCGGUCUGCUGGGACAGACUGACGUAGCAGUCUAUGGAGUCACUCUGCCAAGUAAUGCACAUGACAUAGGUGUCUAUGUAGUGCCUGUGUCAGGUUAUAUACAUGACAUAUGGUCUAUGUAGUGCCUGUGUCAGGUUAUAUACAUGACAUAUGGUCUAUGUAGUGCCUGUGUCAGGUUAUAUACAUGACAUAUGGUCUAUGUAGUGCCUGUGUCAGGUUAUAUACAUGACAUAUGGUCUAUGUAGUGCCUGUGUCAGGUUAUAUACAUAGUAUAGUUAAAACAAGACAGUCCCUGUACUUUAUAUACUACCAGGCUAUAUACUAAAUAUGACAAAGAAACAUGACAAUGAAGUCCCUUUGCCAGGUAAUAAACAUGAGAUGGUAAAAAAAAAGACACUAUACUGACCUCUUUUAAAAUGUACCUGUGUCUGUCUACAGGUGUGGAGGGAAAGGCUGGGAUGGCAGCCAUUGCUGAGGGUGCGGAUCAGUUUGACUUUGGUGUGUUCUUAGGGGCGGUGCAGAAAGCCCUGCCUCCCUACGCACGCCCACUCUUCCUCCGGCUCCUUCCCCAGGUCGACACCACAGGUGAGACGGGCGCACGCAACAUGCAGUCCAAUGGACACACACACACACACACACACACUUCCUCAUUCCCCCCCCCCCCCCUCUCUCUUUAGGCACCUUCAAAAUCCAGAAGACCCGUCUGCAGAAGGAGGGAUACGACCCUCGGCACUCUGCUGACCGGAUCUACUUCCUCAACAGCCGUGCAGGAUGUUAUGAGGUUGUUACUGAGGAGUUGUAUAUUGCCAUUACAGAGGGAAGAAUGUCUCUAUGA